AUGUGGCGGCGCGUGUAUCUCAUCUUGCUCCUGGUGCGCCUUUGGUUCGCUCUCUCCCCGAGCUACCUGCACCCGGACGAGAACUUCCAAGGGCCAGAGGUGAUAGCUGGUCGCGUCUUCGGCUACCCGGUCCAUCUUACCUGGGAGUUUACGUCCAAACACCCCAUUCGCAGCUCGUUCCCGCUAUGGAUUUGUUACGGCAUCCCCAUGGCCGUGUUGCGCGGCAUUGGCGAAGGGAUCGCGGAAGAAGUUCCACCAUACGUGGUAUACUGGACACUGCGCGUCAUGAUGUUCGUCAUGAGCUUCGUGCUUGAGGACUGGGCGAUCCUGGAGCUGGUGCCGCCGCAUCAGCGCAGCUCUGCUUCUAUGCUUGUCGCAUCGUCCUAUGUGACGUGGACCUUGCAAACGCAUACCUUUUCGAACUCACUGGAGACUCUUGCGCUCAUUUGGAGUCUUGUUUUGAUUGGGCGCAUUCUGGAGGACAAGAAGCGCUCCAGCCUCAUGGCAACGGCGCUGCUGGGAUUCUUCUCAGUGGGCGGCUUCUUUAAUAGGAUCACGUUCCCGGCAUACUUGAUAGUUCCGUUGCUUCAGCUCAUCCCGCAUUUCCACCGCAAGCCGCUGUCCCUAAUCGCGCUCCUACUCUCCGCAACCGUCACGGCCAUAAUCGCUAUAAUGUUUGAUACGUCCUUCUACCACCCUGACGGCCUUACCCUUACGAACCUCGUCCACCACCCUAUAAUCACGCCUCUCAACAACUUCCUCUACAACUCCUCAGCGCACAACCUCGCGCAACACGGCCUACACCCCUACUACCAACACAUCGUCGCCAACCUCCCGCAGCUAAUCGGCCCCGCCUUCCCCCUCCUCCUCUUCAGCUACCGCAAGAACCUGCGCCUCGCCGCCGCGCUCUCCGGCGUCGCCCUGCUCUCCCUCUUCCCGCACCAAGAAGCGCGCUUCCUGCUGCCCGCGGUGCCCCUCAUCCUCUCCUCCAUUCGCGUGCCCACCACCUCCCUCCGCGUGCGCCGCGCGUGGAUGGCGGCCUGGGUCGCCUUCAACGCGGCCAUGGGCCUGCUGAUGGGCGUGUACCACCAGGGCGGCGUGGUGCCGGCGCAGAUCUGGAUCGCGCGCUCGGCCGAGCCGGCGCUCACCAGCGUCUACUGGUGGAAGACGUACAGCCCGCCCGUGUGGCUGCUCAACGGCAAGAACGAGGUCGUCGACACGGUCGACCUGAUGGGCAUGCGGCCCGAGCUCAUGGUCGAGCGCGUCGCGAACGGCACGGUGUGCUCCAAUGCGGAGCUGGAGGGCGCGGGCAAGCGGGGCGACAGGGCGGUUACGUACCUCGUUGCGCCGAGGAGCGCGACGUUUUUGGAUGCGUUUGUGGCGCCGGUGGUUGAGGAGGGCGGGGAGAAGAAGAAGCCGGCGUUUGAGCUGGAGGAGGUUUGGAGCUAUAAGCAUCAUCUUAACCUCGACGACAUGGAUUUCGGCGACGAUGGGGUCAUGCCGACGCUGCAGCGGGUGGUUGGCAGGAGAGGGAUUGUGGUCUGGAAGGUGAAGAAGCAAUGCGGAAGUGACGGUAAGUCGGAGUAA